AGCUCUCGAAUAAAGACAAAGUUGAUUGAUAUCCGUAGCAGAAUUUAGCAAAGGGAUUCACAGUUUUUCCGAGACUGUGUGCACAGCCAUUCCCCGGGAAUUCUCAGAUCCGAUCAAUUACGCCGUCGCUGCAGAUCCGAUCGAAUCCGGAUUCGAAAGCACCAGAGAAAAUGUCGUCAGCUUUCAGCGGAGAUGAAACGGCACCGUUCUUCGGCUUCCUCGGCGCUGCUGCCGCCCUAGUAUUCUCUUGUAUGGGAGCCGCUUACGGGACCGCGAAGAGUGGGGUUGGUGUGGCGUCGAUGGGCGUCAUGAGGCCGGAGCUGGUGAUGAAGUCCAUUGUGCCGGUGGUUAUGGCUGGUGUGUUGGGUAUUUACGGCUUGAUUAUCGCUGUGAUCAUCAGUACUGGGAUCAACCCCAAGACCAAGUCAUACUAUCUCUUUGAUGGCUACGCUCACCUUUCUUCUGGCCUUGCUUGUGGCCUCGCUGGCCUUUCUGCUGGUAUGGCCAUUGGAAUCGUUGGUGAUGCCGGUGUUAGGGCCAAUGCACAACAGCCCAAACUUUUCGUCGGGAUGAUUCUCAUUCUCAUUUUCGCUGAAGCUCUUGCUCUCUAUGGCCUUAUUGUUGGAAUCAUCCUCUCCUCCCGCGCUGGUCAGUCCAGAGCAGAAUAGGGGACGAGCAUUGAACUUUCAUCAUAUUCGUGAUUGCAGAGGCCGUUUGGCUCUGAAAAAACUUAAGUUUUUUGCAACGUGCACGAGGCUUGAAGAAUAGGGGUUUCAUAUGCGCAGAUGUUGUGAUGUAGAUUAGAUCUCGCUGUAAUAAGAAUUUGGAGUUUUAAAACUCUGCUUGUAUUAUUAUUCUUACCAGAGCUGACUUCAACUUUUGUCCUCUCCCAGUUAGAUCGUCACAUAAUUGAAAUAAUGCACGCAGUUGCGUUCAAACUGGUUCCUUGGCAGAUUAAUUGUCUUGAACAGUUGAACCAGUGUUUAAUUUUCUGCAGUAUUUGAAUUACAGAUUAACUUUCAGUGCUUGGCAGAUCA